AUGCUGUACCUUGCAGCAUUCUAUGGCUCAGUACUCUUAGGACUAUGGCUCCUGUUGAAAACCCUACAGGCUUUGUACAACAUUUCGCCAUUGCAUCCGCUGAGCCACAUUCCGGGUCCAAGACUGGCUGCAGCAACAUACCUUCCGGAGUUCUACUAUGAUGUUAUCAAGUUCGGUUGCUACACGAAAGAGAUUGCUCGAAUGCACAAGGUAUAUGGCCCCCUCGUCCGCAUCAACCCGAACGAAAUUCAUUGCGACGAUGUCAGCUUCGCCGAUGAGAUUUAUGCCGUAGGUGGACGAAAGCGUGACAAGCCAGUUCACCAAAUCAACGGCUCUGCUAUUGGUGAAGCAGGAUUCGGCACUAUUGACCAUGACCUCCACCGACUUCGCCGUAUCCCAGUGGCCAAGUUCUUCUCACGGUCGAUGAUUGCACGCCUCGAGCCUGAGCUUCACGCAUUGGUCCAAAAGUUGUGCAAUAAGCUUCUUGCACAAUCAGGAGAUGACGAAGUACUCGAUAUUACCAUGGCAUACAGUUGUUUCACCACAGACGCCAUCUCGUCCUACAGCUUUGGCGAAGGUUUUGGUCUCCUCAAUCAAAAGGGAUGGUAUCCAAAUUUCCGCGCGCCAACUGCAUCUGUCCUUCGACCAGUAUUCGUCUUCCGCUUCUUCCCAUGGACCAAAAAGAGUGCCGUACUUGCGACUACCUUCAUUGACUACCUUCCUAGCGAUAUUGCUCUCAUGGUCAAAACGCUACAGAUUGAUAUGCCUUGGAAGGUUCGCAAGGCACAAGAAGACCUGGACGCUGGCAUCACUUAUGAGCGACCGACUGUCUUCGCCUCCCUCUUGCAAUCAGACACACACGAAGAAAAGAAUCGGUUCCGCUGGAUCGCUGACGAGGCAGAAGCCAUUGUGGGUGCUGGAACAGAGACUACAAGUUGGGCUCUGGGUGUAAUAACCUACCAUCUUUUGAGCAAGCCAGAAAUUCUAGCAAAAUUGACAGAAGAACUGAAAACUGUCGUUGAUGACGCAACAAACUUGCCCUCGUGGACUGUUCUUGAGACUCUGCCAUAUCUAGGCGCGGUUAUCCAGGAGGGACUCCGACUUUCAUACGGUGUAUCUAGCCGCACUGCUCGCGUACCAACGGAGGAAAACCUACUUUACCGCGGCGAAUGGAACAAGAAGAAGGUCCAAUACGUUCUUCCCAAAGGUUACGCUAUCGGCAUGUCAUCAUUCAUCACACACCACAACGAACGCACCUUCCCGAACUCCUUUGAAUUUUCCCCCGAGCGCUGGCUAGACGAGAAGAACCAGCGAAGGAAAGAGGUUGAGCGCAGCAUGUUAUCUUUCUCCAGAGGUAGCCGUGCCUGCGUAGGCAUGAAUCUUGCUCUUUGUGAACUUCACCUGAGUCUGACGGCGUUGGUUCUGCGUGUGCUGCCACAUAUGCGCCUGUGGGAUACGACCGAGGAAGAUGUUCUUUACGACCACGAUAUGUUUAUUCCUAUGACCAAGCAUAAUAGGGGUAUUCGGGUGAAGAUUGACUAG